CAGCUGAUCUCUGACAGCCUAACUUAAAAAAAGGUAAGGUGACUGUUGACGUUUCGCUAUUUCAGUCUGUAGCAGCGAUCGGCGGACGGAGAACAGCAAAUACAUUUAAGGAACAGCAACAUGGCUACAUACAAUGAUGAGAAACCCAAGCCUGGGGACUUGAUAGAGAUCUUCCGCAACAGCUACCAGCACUGGGCCUUGUGCGUGGGUGACGGCUAUGUUGUUCAUUUAUCUCCACCAUCGGAGCGUCCGGGGGCGGGCCCCAGCAGCAUGAUGUCCGUCUUUGCAGACAGAGCCCUGGUGAAGCGAGAGGAGCUGUGGGAGGUGGUGGGAAACGACCGUUUCAGAGUCAACAACCACCUGGACCACAAGUACGAGCCCCACCCAGUUCACGUCAUCGUGAGGGAGGCCCUGGCGCUGGUGGGCAAGAUGUUAUGCUACUGCAUCAUAAGUGCAAACUGUGAGCACUUCGUCACCAAUCUGCGUUACGGCAAGCCGCAAUCCCGGCAGGUGCGUCAGGCAGGAGAAGCCCUCCUGAUGACAGGGACGAUCAUUGGUCUCGUGGGCUUGGCGACUGUAGCACUGUUCGGAAGCAGCAAGAACAAGGACAGGAACAAACACUAACACAAGCAACAAGUCAUCUCAACUAGGGGUGCACGAUAACUGUCAGGCCGAUAUGAGUGAAUUAUGACGCAAUACCGAUAAAUCCGAUAACUGAUGCAUUUUAUUUUAUUUUUUAAAAAAUGCUCCAAUGAGGUAAGAUUACGUGUACUGUGCAGGUCCGCAAAUCAAGCUUUCCUUUUUUUCUCCUGCCGGUGACGUUAACAAACAUUGUUUCAGAGACAUUUAGCAUGCUAGUUGUACUAAAUGCUCUGCGAUGAGAGUGGCUACCACGCCUGGGUCUUGUUGUGCCGUGGCGUUUGAAGUAGCGGCACACCAGCUGCUCUGAGGGUGUGCCCGAAUACAGUGCACCUUGCCACAGCAGGUCUGCUUCUCCUGAUAGUAGUCAUGUCAUGAUAUUUGAUUAGUUGCUCAAAUCCGUAUUUGUUCCGGUCCUUUUGUCCACAGACUCCAGUUAAAUCUACAUUUUUAAAAAGUAGGUAUUAGAAAAAGUUAUGGGUAUAAUGUUGGUCUUGAGAAGCAGAACGUUAUCGGUUUGAACAAAAAGCUAUCGUGCAUCCUCUAAUUUCAAGCAUUCACCGGAAAAGCCUUACACAUCCUGUCACAAAGGGAGCCACACAAGCAUAUGAUAAUAAAGAAGCAUUAUGAUACUACGUUUAUGUUUUAACAUGAAUAGGAAAGAGGAAAUGGCUGCUAAGCACCACAACAAUUGUAUUUAUUAGUCUACAUUGUAAAACCUCUUGAAUGUGGGGUGGGGGUUUUAUAUGCAGAGAUUUGCACUAUUUUAAUACGACUUAUAAAUCCACUCAGAUUUCACACCUUUUAUCUCAAUUAAAAAAUACAA